CCGCCGCCCGAGCCCGCGCCGAGCGUGCGCCUCGCCCUCCUCCCGCGCCCGCUCUGCUCUAGGAUGCUGCGGCAGGUUCUACACAGGGGCUUGAGGACGUGUUUCUCCCGGCUCGGCCACUUCAUUGCCAGUCACCCUGUCUUCUUCGCUUCGGCGCCGGUGCUCAUCUCCAUCCUGCUCGGCGCCAGCUUCAGCCGCUACCAGGUCGAGGAGAGCGUGGAGCACCUGCUGGCGCCCCAGCACAGCCUCGCCAAGAUCGAGCGCAACCUCGUCAACAGCCUCUUCCCGGUCAACCGCUCCAAGCACCGGCUGUACUCGGACCUGCAGACCCCUGGGCGCUACGGCCGGGUCAUCGUCACCUCCUUCCAGAAAGCCAACAUGCUGGACCAGCAUCACACCGACCUGAUCUUAAAGUUGCAUGCUGCUGUAACCAGGAUCCAGGUUCCAAGGCCUGGAUUUAAUUACACAUUUGCUCACAUCUGUAUCCUGAAUAACGAUAAGACUUGCAUUGUGGACGACAUCGUGCAUGUCCUAGAGGAGCUAAAGAAUGCUCGGGCCACCAACCGGACCAAUUUUGCUAUCACGUACCCGAUCACUCACUUAAAAGAUGGGAGGGCAGUUUAUAAUGGGCACCAGCUGGGAGGCGUCACUGUGCACAGCAAGGAUCGAGUGAAAUCUGCAGAGGCCGUCCAGCUCACCUACUACCUGCAGUCCAUCAACAGUCUCAAUGACAUGGUGGCGGAGAGGUGGGAGUCCAGCUUCUGUGACACCGUCCGACUGUUCCAGAAAUCUAACAGCAAAGUCAAAAUGUACCCUUACACAUCCUCCUCGCUGAGGGAAGACUUCCAGAAGACCAGCCGUGUAUCGGAACGUUACCUGGUCACCAGCCUGAUCCUGGUGGUCACCAUGGCCAUCCUCUGCUGCUCCAUGCAAGACUGCGUCCGCAGCAAACCCUGGCUGGGCCUGCUCGGGCUGGUGACCAUAAGCCUUGCCACCCUCACCGCGGCUGGGAUCAUCAAUCUGACUGGUGGGAAAUACAAUUCCACCUUCCUGGGAGUCCCUUUCGUCAUGCUAGGUCAUGGAUUAUAUGGGACUUUUGAAAUGUUAUCCUCCUGGAGGAAAACUAGAGAAGACCAACAUGUUAAAGAGAGAACUGCAGCAGUCUAUGCAGACUCCAUGCUCUCCUUUUCUCUCACCACUGCCAUGUACCUGGUCACCUUCGGCAUAGGGGCCAGCCCUUUCACGAACAUUGAGGCAGCCAGGAUUUUCUGCUGCAAUUCUUGUAUCGCAAUUUUCUUCAACUACCUCUAUGUACUCUCGUUUUAUGGUUCCAGCCUGGUAUUCACUGGCUACAUAGAAAACAAUUACCAGCAUAGUAUCUUCUGUAGGAAAGUCCCAAAGCCGGAGGCAUUGCAGGAGAAGCCGGCAUGGUACAGGUUUCUCCUGACGGCCAGAUUCAGUGAGGACACUGCGGAUGGUGAGGAAGCGAACACUUACGAGAGUCACCUAUUGGUAUGUUUCCUCAAACGCUAUUACUGUGACUGGAUAACCAACACCUAUGUCAAGCCUUUUGUAGUUCUCUUUUACCUUAUUUAUAUUUCCUUUGCCUUAAUGGGCUAUCUGCAGGUCAGUGAAGGGUCAGACCUUAGUAACAUCGUAGCAACGGCGACACAAACCAUUGAGUACACUACUGCCCAGCAAAAGUACUUUAGCAACUACAGUCCGGUGAUUGGAUUUUACAUAUACGAGUCUAUAGAAUACUGGAACACUAGUGUCCAAGAAGACGUGCUAGAAUACACCAAGGGGUUUGUGCGAAUAUCCUGGUUUGAGAGCUACUUAAAUUACCUUCGGAAACUCAAUGUGUCCACUGGCUUGCCUAAGAAAAACUUCACAGACAUGUUGAGAAAUUCCUUCCUGAAAGCCCCCCAAUUUUCCCAUUUUCAAGAGGACAUAAUCUUCUCUAAAAAGUAUAAUGAUGAGGUUGACGUAGUGGCCUCCAGAAUGUUCUUGGUGGCCAAGACCAUGGAAACGAACAGAGAAGAACUCUAUGAUCUCCUGGAGACCCUGAGGAGACUUUCCGUCACCUCCAAGGUGAAGUUCAUUGUCUUCAACCCGUCCUUCGUGUACAUGGAUCGAUACGCCUCCUCCCUGGGAGCCCCCCUGCACAACUCCUGCAUCAGUGCUUUGUUCCUGCUCUUCUUCUCGGCAUUCCUGGUGGCAGACUCUCUGAUUAACGUCUGGCUCACUCUAACGGUUGUGUCCGUGGAGUUUGGAGUUAUAGGUUUCAUGACAUUAUGGAAAGUGCAACUGGACUGCAUUUCCGUGCUAUGCUUAAUAUAUGGAAUUAACUACACAAUUGACAACUGUGCUCCACUCUUAUCCACCUUUGUUCUGGGCAAGGAUUUCACAAGAACGAAGUGGGUAAAAAAUGCCCUGGAAGUGCAUGGGGUAGCGAUUUUACAGAGUUACCUCUGCUAUCUUGUUGGUCUGAUUCCUCUUGCAGCUGUGCCUUCAAAUCUGACCUGUACACUGUUCAGGUGCUUGUUUUUAAUAGCGUUGGUCACCUUCUUUCACUGCUUUGCCAUUUUACCUGUGAUACUGACUUUCCUGCCACCCUCUAAGAAAAAAAGGAAAGAGAAGAAAAAUCCUGAAAAUCGGGAGGAAAUUGAGUGUGUCGAAAUGGUGGAUAUCGAUAGCACCCGAGUGGUUGACCAGAUUACAACAGUGUGAGGGCAACUGCUUGUUACAGUUUCACCCUAGGUCUUAUCAAGAGCAAAGGGAUGAUGUUCAUGGCAACACAUUUAAAGUUGUUUUUUGAUUUUUAAGGAUAAGAAACAGACAUUACCAAAAACAGUAAAGGACCAGGGGAAAUGGGGAAAUUGUCAACCUUUAAAACAAAAGGUUGUCAUCAGAGAGAAUUUACUUACACACACACACACACACACACACACAAACACACACACACCCACCCUAGGAGACUCAUAGUCUCUUAAACUAAGAUCGAAUAAGAGAAAGCUUAUUAGCAAGCAGAAUCCUAUUUUAUUCACACUGCAGAUGUUGCUGGUAUGGUGACAAAACCCUUCUGAUUGAAAGGUCAGCUGCCAAGGCAGAAAUAGCUUUGAGUACUGUUCAAACAAUAAGGCUUCCAGAACUUUUGCAAAGCAGUAGCUCCAAGCAGGGUCUAUGGUUUAAGGUCUUCACCAUCUCAUCUAGCUCCCCAACACCCCAAGGAGAUGCUUGUGAAAGUUCUGGCCAGCAAAAGCAGCCAGAACCUCAGAAACUGACACGCAGUGGAAUGGCCAUCACCCAUGGGCUGAAACUGAGUCAACUCUAAAGUCACCCGGGUGAGGCAGUUUUCUUGUCGAGAGUUAAUUUAUCAUACCCCCCACGUACCCACCAUCAAUACACUUUUAAUGUUUGUAUGAUUUGGUCAAUAUACCUUUAAACCAGUGACAGCUUCAGUAAUGCAAAGUUAAGGCCAGUCUAUUUUGGAAUAUUUUGUCACUUGUCACCAAAUGGAUCUGCAAUAGUAAUUGCAGCUUUUGGCAGGAGGCUCUGAGUACCCAGAACCACAGAGCCAAACCCAAAUACCUGGCAUGAUGGAGAAAAAGCAGGUGUCUAAAUGAACCCAGAGACAGUGUUUCCAUUUUAACAACAAAAAAUGGCCAGCUGGUACAGCUGUUUGUGGUUUGGCCCUACAUGCAUUUUUUGCAUGGAUGCCCAGAAACAACAUCUGCCCAUGCAUAGCUGAGGAAGGAAAAGUUAUCGGCCACAGCUUGCCACUUGUAGUGCCAGUCCACCUUGCUCAGGAGACCUGCCUGCUCAGAGACACAGAGAAGAAAAGUCCUGAAACUUUGUAAGUCCUGAAACUGAGAACUUCAGGCAAAGACACAAAGGGCUGAAAAUGACAUAAAUGGAACUGAUGGGAAGAUGUAAUCACCAAUAUAAAUCUAUCAAUGAUGACAGUCAAGCUUUCCUGCUCACCCGGCUGCACUUUAAUCCUCCUGGCCCCCCUACACCUUCGUUGGUGCCCCCUCUCCUUCCGUGCACGGCCUUUCUGUACAUUAUCAAGCCUAGAUGUUUAUACUGUGGACUUGCAGUAUCUACAGGAUCUAAACAGAAAUGGUUUGAUCUGAAGAGGCUGUGUAUGUCACCCCAGAUCCCUGCAUUUCUUUCAGUCUAUAAAAAUGAAGCUAAAACCUGGUCACACUUGAGGCAAAUGUCUACAGUAUUUUUCCCUUUUAGAGACGUAGCUUAUUUAGACAUCUGUAGUGAUAAGCAUUUCCCCAAAGCACCUUGCCUUUCUGGACCUUAGCGGACGUACUGUGCAACUUACCCAUCCCUGCAGAGGAGGAAACUGAGACCUAGGAGAAUAAAGCGACUCACCCAGGGUCACACCACUGGAGGGUUUCCAUCAUUUCAGCAUGCCUAAGAUAGGGCAGGCCAAUUUUAGAUCUUCUCAUAAGAGGGCUAUUACUCCCUUCAAAGUACAUUUCCAAGGAAGAAACAUAGGACUUAUUGGCCACAAGGCAGACUUUUUUUUUUUUAAUGUCUGGGUAAUGUUUGGGAUUUAGGUUUACCAUUGUCUUUCCAGACAGCAAAAAUGCCCAAAUGAUUCAGAUGUAACUACACCAAGUGCAAACCUGUGCUUUCUAUUUCAUGUACUGUUGUUCACACAGUUCUAAAUAUAUGUGCAGGGGAUCAUAGCUAGUGCAUUACACACUUGUUCAAUCUCUCCUGCAAACACACUAAGUGAUCAUACCAACGUGUUAUGCACUCAACUAGAAGAUAAUGAGCUUUAAUCUAAGGACAAAUGCAAUCCUCGAAAAAGGGCAAGUUCUCAUAAUAGAUCUGCGAUCAAUUCUCUCUCCAAGGGGCCUGCAACUAGGCGGUUACUGAUAAAACACAGCUGAAGAGGGGAUUGGUUUUAUUCCUAAAUCAUAUGUUGCUAAAUCAUUUUCUGAAAAAUGUGUUCUAAAUCAGCCAUUGAUUUAGUGUUGGCCACGUGGAGUACCUUGGGUUACAGUGACUCCAUAAAAUUGAUACAACACACACACCAAUUAAGUGUAUUUUGUUGAGAAUUUAAGCAUUCAAUUGGGUCAACCAGAAUGACUUACUGUGGAACUUUAUUUUAUGACAGAUAGUAGUUUUCCAACUUGACUGGGUCUCUGUAUACCUUGGGAUAUUGUAUUUUUAAAUGAAGGGCAUUUUAAAACUUGUCAACUUCUCUUUUCAGCACUUGAAAUCAAAGCUUAUGGAAUUCUGAUUGUGGAAAGAAUGAAUUAUUUUUACUGGGGGACUCUGCAUGCCAAGAUUUACUACUUAUUAUUUAUUGUGAGAUCAUUAUUAAUUUGUUAAUAUUGAUUAUUAAUAAUUGCUCUAAUAACAUUGGUUUAGCCCCACCAUGGAUAAGACAUUUUAGAAAUAGCUCAGAAUCACAUCUCCUGCAAAUUUAAGUCCUUACUUCAUGAAGUUUUACUUUUAUAAUUGCUAUCAAGAGGGAGGGAACGAUCCUAGCAAACACUUGCAAAAGUUUUCUUUUUCAAUUAAUUCCAACCAAGACAUUAAUGUUCACUUUACCAAAGAAACUGAUUUGGUUGGUUUUGAGUUGCUAUUUAUUGUUUGUUUACCAAAGAAAAUAUUCCAUCCAUCAGAAAUAUUUCUCCUGCUUAACUAAAAGAAAAAAACUGUGAUACUUGGGCUUUCUUGGCCAUUCAUAAGGAAAAAAAAGAAAAAUCAGGGUAAGGGUGAUAUUCUUUCAAUGAGUGAAACAGCAGAAGGUGUAAAUUCACAAGAAACUUGGGGUUUGCAAGAAAGAAAAUGAUACUUGAAAUAGGGUGUUAUUGUUAGUCCUAUAGCAAUGGCCCAGCAAACAGCAUGAGGGCUCCUCAGGCUAAAAAGAGUAUGUCUGUUCCACAGGAAAAAAAAGAAGAUAAAUGCCAAUGAAACUCCUUCUCCACUGUUACAGCUCAUAAGUCUUGUUUUGGGUUUGGGGGUUUGGGGAUUUUAAGAUUUGGGGGGGGUUGUUUUGCUUUGGCUGUGAUGUUUGUGUUAGCUUGUUUUCCUCCUGCCUGCCCUACCAUUUUUAUUCCCUCAAUUUUCAGGCAGAAGUGAGAUAAUCCCAUCUGAUGCCAUCCUCCAUGGCUACAGUUACUUAUGCAAUAUGCUGCUCUGAACAAGGCCCUUGAUAACUCUUUUAUUUUAACUAACCACCACCGAAUUGUUCUAAGUGGCAUUCUGGGACCAUGACAUCACUUUCCUCCAGCCCCAGCAAUGAAGCGUGGCUGUGUCUAUCUCAAGAACGGGUGGACUGGGCAGCCGCCCUGGGGGGUGUGGUGUGAGGCAGAACCUCUUGGACACAAAUGAUAUCCUCCUCCAAAUGGCUUUUUAUUCCUUCGGAUCCUAUUAAAGCAGCCCUGCAGCUUAUAAUAGUGUUUGAUUUCUGUGAAUCUGUUUUCUCAUUUGUAAAAUGGCGAUAAUACAGUAACUAUCUUUCAAUGCAUCAAAUACUUACAGAGUGCCUAAUAUCACCCAGGUACUGUUCUGGAGACUGUGGACAGCAGUGAACUAAUGAGACUGUUAAAAAAUCUGCCCUCGAGAGUGUACAUUUGAGUGAUGUUGCGGACUUACUGAAAGGAUUAAAUAAGAAGGUGUUCGGAAAGCACUUGUGGCAAGGCCUGGUGUAAAGAAGGAACUCAAGAUAUUAUUAUUUGUAAUUUGUCCAUUCCACACAGUAGCACUUGAGCUCAGGAUGUAAAGCUACAGAGAAGUGGAUUUCUGUAGGCUGGAGCCCAGGAUUCGGGCUAUAUAAAAAUGCAAUGAAUUGUCCUGGUCAUUUUAAGACAUUCAAAAUUUGGCUAGAUCAUCACUUAGUGGGGCGAGUGGGAAGGGGGCACAGGCUCUAGAUGGUGGAGUUGGAUGGUAAUCCUUGAAAGAAAGAGGCACAGGCAGUCCGGGAUGGAGUUGUGGGGGGGGGGGGGGGGCACAUAUUUCAUUACUGUGCCUGGCUUGUCUGAAGACACUCCUUUACGGUAAUUUGCUUUUGAGUCUUAGCUACAUAAAAAGCAUCAGGUAUUUGAAGACAAAGUUCCCAUUUUCCACACGGAAGGAAAACAUUAAAUUAGUACUACUGGAUUCUCUGGCAAAGAACUGAGAAUUGCUUCAGCCAACACAUUGCAGAGUUCCUCCCUGUGGUGGUUACAACUGUUUAUUUCUGUUUCAUGCCAGUCCAGGAGAAAGCAAAGAGGAAAGUGAAUGAGCUAAAAUCCAUUCACCUGAAUAGGCAGUGUCAGGAUGUCCUCCCCAGCCUGUUUCUCACCUGCCCCACUGCUGCCCAGGUGAUGUGUUUGAAGUCCUCUUUGAUAUCUGUGAGGGCGCCACGCAAGGAAGGCGAAGUGAGGGAGCAGAGCUCUCUGGCCUGUGUGUCGAUUUUCAGGUUAGAUUAAAAUUAGCGUGGCAAAGGUUUGGAGAAGUUGAUCUGGAGAAAGAAGGCUUCUUUUCAAAGUACAAAAAAAGUAAUGUGCACCAAGGAGGCAACCAAUGAAGGGCCCUUUGUGGAUGGAAUGCUGUUGCUGUAGGAUGCACCAGCCUCUCCUCCCUCCAAAAUGUUGACAUGAGAUAAACCUUUGGAGAGAAUCAAGCUUACUCUCCUGUUUCUCACUUAAGAAAAUGGAAAGCUGGAGAAGUGAAAUGACAUGCACAGAGCUAGUUAGAAGCAGAUACAGGGCUGUGACUGCAGUCUCCUAGUUCCUAGCCUCACUCCUUUCUCUACUCUGAUACUUUACUGCCAAAUUCUGUAUGUCUAUAUCAUGGGGUCUUCACCUGGGGGCAUAGAUGAGUUGGUGGGAGGGUGGACUCUGCAUUCC